AUGGCUGGAGAGAAAUUAUAAAGUUCAGGUAAACGCAAAUGUCAACUUAAAUGUCCUGAUCAUUAAUUCAAUCUCCAACCUAAAAGUACAAAAUGUUGGCUUAAAAAUAUUACUAACAUUGAUUUUUGCCCUUUAUAUAAUGAUGCUGUAUAAGAUCUAAAUAAAUUGUGUUUAGUUAUCUUGUUAUGAAAAUAUAGUUCCUGUUUUCAAUUAAGAUGAAUAGUAAUGUUUACCAGGGUUCAUUUUAGAAGUGGAUCGAGUAUAAUUUAAAUGAAUACAUUAAUUAGAAUGACUAUAUAAAGAGUAUGUAGAAAUAUAAAGAAGAUCAUUUAAAAAAGGUUUAGGAGUAUACAACAAAAAAAACCAAAUUAGUAUUACUUUAUUAUAUAUUUAGUAAAUUCCUAAGCCUGGUAGAAAACACAGAUAUUGUGGAGUUUGUCGUAAACCUUAUGUAGAUUAUUUGGAUGUAAUUUUAGGAAUUUAAUAAUUUAGCAUAUCAAAUCUGCAGAUCACAUAAACAGUUUUAAUAGACAUGAAUUUGUUCAUGUUAUAUUAAAAAUAGUAAAUGAAGAUUAUAAAAAUAAAGAUGAAAAUAAAAUUCAAAAUGAUAUCUGCUUUGAUGUUGCUACAUCAGUAAUUCCUAAAAAAAGAGGACCAAAACCAAAAAAUCAAGGUCAGCAAAUAGAACCAAAAAAAAGAGGAAGAAAACCUGCUGAACCAUCUAUAUCUAAACGAUUGAAAACACAACCUAUUUAAGAAUAAUAUAAUCCUUAUAGACCUCAAUAAACUCCAUAUUUUCCAUAACAUUAUAUUUUUCCUUAUCCAACUUAAUUGAAUCAAAUGUUUGCUCAAUUACCAUAUCAAUAACUUGUCAAUAUUCCCUUUCAAAUCCAAUUAGGAUAGGAUCUCAAUAUUGAAAGAAAGAAUGAGGAUAUGAGUAAGAUAUUGUAUUUAAACUAGUUUUAGAUGGAUAAAUUGAAGAAGGUCCUCGAUUUGAUUGA